UUCAUUCAGUCAUUUUGGGGGUAAAUAAACGCACCUAAAUAAAAUCCAAGUUUUUAUUAUUCAAAAAUAAAAACCUAAAAAUCCAAAUCCACCGACAAACACACCCUGAAGGUUUUGGGGGUAAAUAAAUGCCCCUAAAACAAAUUACUCCAUUAUUAUUGUUAUUAUUAUUAUUAUUUUUUUUUAAGUGGGAAACUUGUUGAAUUAGGUUUGAGUUGAGUUGGGCUGACGCAGAGGGCAUCUGCCACUUCCGUCUUCCACCUGGAGGCGAGCAAUCAGUGACUUCCGCCAUUGCCCGAGGCCCUAUGAGUUAUGAGAAGCUCUGCGUCUUUCGCUUCUAGGGCUUCCCCCCUCGUCAGGAGAACAAGAACUGCCGGUGAAAAAAAACCGCAAGCCAGACUCCCCCAUCCGAAUAAUAAUUCUCAACUUGGUAAGCUUCAAUUUAAGGACUCCAACUUUGCCUCUGAUUCCCUUCCGCAACUACACAAUUCUACGCUUGAGCAAAGGUUCGAAUCUAAACCCAUUGAUCACAAUUACUUGCUGGGGAUUCUUUCCAGAAAAGACUGGUGUUUGCUUCUGAAUGAUGAGGUUAAGGCUCAAAGGCUGAUCUUGAAUGCCCGAGUUGCGGUCAGUAUUUUGCAGAACCAAGACAACGCCUUGUGCUCUCUGCGAUUUUACGCUUGGCUCUCAAACUCCAAUCCUUCACUUGCCAAAAUUCAAUCAGUUUGGAGUGCUCUGUGCAAUGCGCUUUAUAGGGAAGGCCCAAUAUUGUUGUCUUCUGAAUUGGUACAUGACAUCCGCAAUUCUGGAUGCGGUGUGACUGAAAACUUACUUUGUGCUUUGAUUGGUAGCUGGGGUAGGUUGGGGCUGGCAAAAUACUGUUCGGAGGUUUUUGAGCAAGUUUCUUAUUUGGGGAUUAGUCCGAGUACAAGGUUGUAUAAUGCUGUCAUAGAUGGACUAGUGAAGUCAAAUGCACUUGAUUUGGCUUACCUUAAGUUUCAACAGAUGGAGGUGGAUAACUGUGUCAGGGACAGGUUUACUUAUAACAUUCUUAUUCAUGGAGUUUGUAAGGCGGGUGUAAUGGAUGAGGCCGUACGUCUGGUUAAACAGAUGGAGGGGCUCGGACACUCACCCAAUGUAUUUACAUACACUAUUUUGAUUGAUGGAUACUGCAAUGCUAAAAGAGUAGACGAGGCAUUCAAAGUUCUUGAAAGAAUGAAAGCAAGGAAUGUUAGGACAAAUGAUGCGACAUAUAGAUCGUUAGUUAAUGGAGCUUUUCGUUCAUUGCCCCCUAACGAAGCAUUUGAAUUGCUAUCAAGAUGGGUGAAGAAAGAACCCAAUAUUCCUAAAGUUGUUUAUGAUACUAUAGCUUAUUGCCUUUGUAAUAAUUCUCUACCAAAGCACACAGCUGCAUUUUUUAGAACAGCUGGAAGACAAGGUUACAUACCUGAUAGUUCAAUAGCUAACGUUGCAGUGGCUUGUUUACUCAAGGGAUUGGAUCUUGAGGAAGUUUGUCAGGUGUAUGAGUAUUUUGUAGGACAUGGGGUGAAGGUGAACUUGACUGUUUGCUUGGCACUCAUUAAAGCCUUGUACAUUUCAGGAAGAGAGGACAAAGGGAACUUAUAUAUAAGUUGGUUACUAUCGGAAGGGCUAGUCAUGACUGACUUUUCGUACAACAUGGUCAUUGAUUGCUUCUGCCAAGCUAAGAUGAUGGAUAGAGCAAUAGAAACCCUUAGAUUGAUGUCUAAAAGAGGUAUUCUCCCGAAUAUUGUUACCUUCAACACCCUUAUUUCAGGGUGCUGCAAGGAUGUGGAUGUUGUCAAGGCACGGGAAAUAUUAGUGAUGAUCUUUGAUCGUGGUUUAAAACCAGAUGUGUUCACUUUCAAUUCAAUAAUUAAUGUUCUUUGCCAAGCUAAGCAGAUUGCUGAUGCUUUCGAUUGUUUCCAAGAAAUGAUGGAAUGGGGAAUCUCUCCUAAUGUUGUCACCUACAAUAGCUUAAUCCAUGCGUUGUGCAUCUGUGGGGAUGCAUUCAUGGCAACAAAACUGCUGGGAAAAAUGCAGAUUAAUGGGAUACAACCUGAUGUUUAUACAUUCAAUGCCAUAAUACAGAUGUAUUGUAAAGUUAACAAAAUUGACAAGGCACGGAGGUUUCUCAAAAGAAUGUUAGCGCUGGACUUAUGUCCUGAUUGUUUUACUUACUCUGCUUUUAUGAAUGCAUUUUGUGAGUCUGGAAGUCUUCCUGAAGUGAAAGCUUUGUUUACUUCCAUGGAGACAAAUGGAUAUUCACCUGAUGCUUAUUUAUGCAAUGCUUACGUUGAUUGCUUAGUUAAGUCGGGAGAAUUUCAAGAAGCCCGAGAUGUGUGGUUGAAAUACAACGAGAUGGGAAUGAAGUUGAAACCACUGCCUGUUCAGGAUACUGCUUCCCUUGGCUGAUUGAUACAUCUAAUGGAUCCACAAGUUUGAGCUGCUUCAUGAAGUAUUAGCAGCAAUUGCGCUGUUAAUUUGUGGGCUCCUAAGUCAAGACUAUUCAUGGUUGAAAUUUGAAGGGAUGACCAUGCCUAUGUAAUGUGGUGCUCUGGACUUGGGACAUUUGUGCCUAAUUGCCCAUGGAGGCGAAUGGUGACGGCAAGGGCUUAAAAGGUUCUGCUUGAUAACUUCAUCCAUCAGGUACCUGCAUCAAUGAUCUUCCACUGAAUAGUUUGGUGGGGUCUUUCACGAUGUCAAUACACAAAUGGUUUAUAGGCUGGCUCGGAGCUGUGCACAAGUUUUCUGUUAGACUGAGGUUGUGUGGAGCUGCAAUUUUUUUCUCAGCAGUGAAAUUCAGAAAGCUCAACAUUCAACAAUUCACAUGUGUAGAUUGCCAUUAGUAAUCCUGCAACUAUAAAUCUGCCGUGGAUGAAGCAAACUUUGUCUCUUUAUCACUUCUUUUGUGAAUGGGUGACUACAAAGUUCACAUGACACAAGAGAAUAUGUAGUGUGUAUGCUCCUUAGGAAAUUUUGUAGAGAAAAACAUUCGUAGAUUAUCUAUUGUACCGGUUUCUUUCGAUCCUGGGCUACUCUUUUGUAUCUACCCUGGCUUUGAACAGGAUGAUGAUUUUGUGGUCACUGUUGGAGUGGCCUUUUAUUUAUUGCAAUGGGCUGCAAACAAAAUUUGUAAAAUUAAACAAAUUUGUAUCAAAUUCUUUUCUUGUUAAGAAGGGGCUGAAUAAAAUUCUUCUGGAUGGUUUUUGUUGUGACUUGUAUCUAUGUAAAUGAAAUGGUGAAAGCUUGGACAAUGGUU